AUGUCUUGGUUCUCACGCGCUGGCGGCAGCUGGGGAGGGCGCUUUUCGCCAUUUGGCCGCCCUGGUAACUCGCCCAACGCUGGCGUCGUAAACGACUCCGAUUUCUCGUACAUCACAAACGAAGACUUGCGUCGUAAUGGACAGGCAUCAACACCUGAAAUUGUAGACUGGGAUGACAAGAACCCUGAGCGAGAAACAGAUGUGCUCAUCUUCAAGCAUGGCCGAACCCACUAUCCUACACAUUUCCCAGCGCACAGCAUACGUGAUGGAGACCUCAAGAUCGGUACGGUACGACAGGCCGCGGCGAAGAAGUUGGGCGUCGAUGACUACCGAAAAAUACGCAUGUUCUAUAAGGGCAGGAAUUUGAAGUAUGAUGAGCGGACUGGACGGGAGGAAGGGCUACGUGGCGAUGGCAGUGGUAGUGAGAUUCUAGUCACAGUAGGCGAGGCACCUAUCGGCGGUCAUGGGGCUGCCUCAGAAGAGGUACCACCACGCGCCUGGAGCGAGGGCGAAGAGGACGAUGACGAUGAUGACGACUCCGGCGUAAAUACAUCCGGCAAAAAGAAGUCUCGCAAGCGCGGCGGCAGAAAGAGCAAGAAGAAAGGUGUCUCCUCGGGUAACGCAUCCGGAACUUCGACACCUGGCUACACCACCGCCGGAGCUGGCGCGGAAUACCUCCCCAUCCCUUCCCACAUCAACGCCGCACCCCGCCCUACCUCUGCGCCGCCCCAAAACAUCUCCAAGCCCGCUCAACCUCAGACCCCUAUGGGCAAGCUCGACGCCGUCGCCAGCAAAUUUCAUACUGAGCUAGUCCCACUGUGCAUACAGUUCAUGUCGAACCCGCCCGAAGACAAGGCAAAAAAGACGUUUGAAUACAAGAAGCUGAGCGAAACCAUCCUCACGCAAAUCAUUUUCAAGCUCGAUGGCGUGGAUACCGAGGGUGAUCCCGAUGCGAGGGUUAAGAGGAAGGCGCUUGUCAAGGAGGUGCAGGCUAUGAUGGGCAAGUUGGAUGAGGGAAAUCUUUCCAGUUAA